AUGUCUCGCCCAUCGACACUCUCCGGUCAUGAAUCCGAACCCGAAGAGCAGGCGACGGCAGGCGUAGGUACUCGACCCUCGAGCGCUACGAACCCGAAAGCAUCCGACGGCUCGGUCCGGUCCGACGCCCGGUCACGACACAGCCGUCGGAGCUCUGCCGAGCAAGCCCCCGCCAGUGGAUCGUCUCUGCCCCAGCACGCCGUCGACCGCGAUGGUAAAAGCGACAGAAACGGCUCCACUGCCCGUCCGCAUGCAAAGCGCCGGCGGCUCGAUGCCGAUCUCGGCUUCUCUAGCCCGGGACCCGCCUUCAGGAUCGUCCCCGAGGACGACACUGCUAGCAGCAGCGGCGCCGAAAGCAACGGCAAUGGCCGCCCGCGACGAGCCCGUCGGAGUGUCAUAGGAAGCGGGAGCAGCAACAAGGACGCCGCGCAGUCCAGCCCGGUGAUCUCCAAAUCACGUCUGCAGCCGAUUGCAUCAGUCGCGAACCCUCGCAAAGCUUCCCCAGCCAAGGCUGACAGCACCAGCGGGCGCGACGGCGGCCACCCCGCUCGCGGUCGCUCGAGAAGCUCCGCAUUGGGCUCAGCGAAUGCCCCGGAAGCAGCUCUUCGCAAUGGUCGGGCGCCUCCGACCGACCUUCGCGACGAAGUUGCCGACGAGCCUGAUGACGCUCUCGCCUCGGAUAAUGAUGGCAAAGACCCUGGUGCAUCUGCGACGCCGCUCGCGGUGGACCGCGGUCCUCGCACCCGCAUCACGCCCAUCACUGCGUCGACGGCCCAGCGUCCGUUUGACGAGAUCCUCGCGCUGAGGAGACAGGAGCGGCUUCAAGCGUCCCAGGAGGCGCUCGAGGACGUCCAUGAUGACCACGACAUGCUCGUCCGCGAGCUCUUCCACCUUGUCAAGUUUGUCACCCUGAUCGGCUACGACCCAGAGGUGGCCAAGCAGGAUCGCAGCGACGUCUUUUCGCAGUUCCAGCAGGAGCACGACCUCCGCUUCGCCCUCGAGGCGGACGGCGCUGGGCCUUCAGGAUCCCGAGGCGGCCGCGUCACCCGGCGCGGCGUCAACGCCCGACUCGAGGGUCUCUCGCUGAAACGAGCACAACCGCCGGCGACGCCCGUUGCUACCGCCGCAACGGAACAGCCGACAUCGUCAACGUCUAAACGUCGGGAGAGCUCCGCGCGGCUCAGCCGUCGGUCCGCCAGCCUGGCCUUUGACGAUGCGGACGACAGCGCCGGGAGCGCCGAGCCGGGUCCGAGCACGGGUGGGAAGCGUAAGGCCAACCACCGAGACGGCGAGAGCAAGAAGCAGGGCAGGGCGAGGACCUCGGCCAACGGCCGCAUCGUUGAGCUGGCCGACAGCCCCUCGACGGCUCGGGACCGACGUUCUUCAUUCGGCAAAAAGGGCAAGGCCAGGCGGAGAGACGAUGGUGCAGGCCCUCCUUUGGACGACGACCUCGACGAAUUUAUCCGUAGACACCGGCAGCCCCGUGCGCUACCCGACACGCCGCCGCCAAUACGGGCGCUGGCGCCGCAGCACAUACCGCAGCCCCCUGCGUUCCGAGGCUCCGUCUGCGACCUUUGGGCGUCGUUUCGAUACGUCGACGACGAGGAGCUCGACCCUCGUCAGGCAGACGAGGCCGAACAGGAGCUGCUCGAGGCGUACCUCCGGGUCGACCGCGGCAGACGUAGCGGUCUGAUGGCGCUUGACGACGGCGAGGGCCAUUUGGCUCACCUUCGACCGCACAAGGCGCCCCGAAGCCGCGAUCGCCAAGACCACCUGCUCGAGGCCAUGGUUUCGAUGUCGCAGCAGAUGCGGCAGAACCACAAGCAGCGCAUCACCCUGGCCAAGCGAGUGUCGCGCAUGGUCGCGGCCUACUGGGACCGCCAGUCGGGAUCGAGCGAGCGCGAGCGGCGCGCCGAGGAGAGGCGGCUGAGGGCACUCGCCAAGUGGACGGUGCGCGAGGUCGCAAAGCAGUGGCGACUCGCCGCCAACGUCGUGCGUGCCAGGAAGGCGGCCCGCGAAAAGGCGGAAAAGGACAAGCUCGACAAGGAGCAGCUCAAUGCCAUCCUCGAGAAGAGCACGCAGAUGCUGCAGAAGCAGCACGAGGAGAUGGCGCGCAUGGACCUCGGCAGCUCGAGCAGCGACAGCGAGCGCAGCUUCUAUGAUGUGGACGAGGAGGAGGAGGAGGAGCUUGAAGGCGACGACGGCGCUGGCACCGACACCGACGCGGGCUCUCAGACCGGUUCGGAGAGCGAGGCGGUGAGCGUCGUCUCGGCCGGCAGCAGGCUAAGCAUUAAGAGCGGAGGCGACGGGGGCAGGCGGCUGGUUGAGAUGCUCGACAAUGAGGAAACGGGCCGAUUCACGACACCGUCGCCCGCACCGGCUAUCGAGGAGCAGGCGACGGAGGCAAGAGACGAGCCGCCAUCCCUUCGAGGCCUUGAUGUUACCUCCGGGCAGGAGGAUUCGUUGUCUGCUGUCGACGAGGCGGACAACCCCUCGGUCGGGGCCAUGGAUCGAGACGAUGCUGCCGACGCACCCGCUCGACGAACACCUCGCACCCGACGAUCGACGCGAUCAGCAUCGCUCGCCUCGUCCUCAGCCGCGACCGGCCCUGCCACGCCCGACCCGGAUGGCGAAGACGUCGACUUCUCCGCCGUCGACCCGGAGGCUGCGGCCGAAGACGAGGAGCUGGAGCGAAAGAUGUGGGAGGAGGACGAGGCGGAUGACAGCGAGGACGCCGGCCUGGCCGCCGACGCCGACGUGCCGAUCGAAGAGCUCUUGAAGCGCUACGGAUACGGCAACGGCGGCGAGGGUACCGAGAGCGUGGACGCCACCGAGGACGAGGAAGAAGGCGGCGAGAACAAGGAAGUUGCCGCCGCUGCCGAUACCGCAGCGAAGCAAGAUCUCGACAUUACUGCAGCAGACGAGCCGGCCGACGCCAUGUCCGGCAUCGAGACCCCGCCGCUGCCAACUCAAUCAGGCGGGCCCCCGGACGACGACAGCAUUCGUGCAGAGAUGGCGCCGACUGCCCGCACCAAGACCGAGAGCAUCGCCAGCGAUGUCGAGUCGGCCGACGAGGACGAGGACGAGGACGAGGGCGAGGGCGAGAAAGCGGGAGAAGGGGCGGGCGCUGCUGCUGCUCGCUCGCGCUCCAUGACCCGCGCGUCGUCAUCGUCGGUCCUCCAUACGCCCGAUCGGGCAAACUCGGCGUCGGCGUCGGCUUCGGGCGCGGGGACCGGCCGCUCCAGACAACCGUUCCUUUUGCGCGGCCAGCUGCGCCCCUACCAGCAGAUCGGCUUUGAGUGGCUGGCGGGCCUCUACGCCAACGGCGUCAACGGGAUCCUGGCCGACGAGAUGGGCCUCGGCAAGACGAUCCAGACGAUUGCGCUGCUAGCACAUCUGGCGUGCGAUCGCGGCGUGUGGGGUCCGCACCUCGUCGUGGCGCCGACGAGCGUGAUGCUCAACUGGGAGGUCGAGUUCAAAAAGUUCCUGCCGGGCUUCAAGAUCCUGUCGUACUUUGGCAGCCAGCGCGAGCGCAAGGAGAAGCGCGUCGGCUGGAACACGGAGAACGCGUUCAACGUGUGCAUCACCAGCUACCAGCUGGUGCUGGCCGACCAGCACAUCUUCCGGCGCAAGCCGUGGGUCUACCUCGUGCUCGACGAGGCGCACCACAUCAAGAACUUCCGCUCGCAGCGCUGGCAGACGCUGCUCGGCUUCAACUCGCAGCGCCGGCUGCUGCUGACGGGCACGCCGCUGCAGAACAACCUCAUGGACCUGUGGAGCCUGAUGUACUUUCUCAUGCCCCACGGCGUGGCCGACCUGCCCGGCGGCGGCGCCUUUGCCAGCAUGAAGGACUUCCAGGAGCGGUUUUCGCGGCCCCUCGACCGCGCCAUCGAGGGCGGCGGCGCCGCGGCCAUGGACGACGAGAUGCGCGCCAUGAUUCACAAGCUGCACACGGUGCUGCGCCCCUACCUGCUGCGGCGGCUCAAGAGCGAGGUCGAGCGCGAGCUGCCCAGCAAGUACGAGCACGUCAUCCGCUGCCGCCUCUCGAAGCGCCAGCGCUUCCUGUACAACGACUUUAUGUCGCGCGCAAAGACGCGCGAGAGCCUGGCCAGCGGCAACUACCUCAGCAUCAUCAACUGCUUGAUGCAGCUGCGCAAGGUGUGCAACCAUCCGGACCUGUUCGAGGUGCGACCGAUUGUCACCAGCUUUGCCAUGCAGCGCUCGGCCGUGGCCGACUACGAAGUCAAGGAGCUGCUGGUGCGCCGACGGCUGUUGCAGCAGCAGCAGCAGCAACAGCAGCAGACGCCGUCAAUGCAGCUUCCAGGGCGGCAGGGCGUCCCCCUCGACAGGGUCGAUCUCGACGCCAUCGGCCUGCGCAUCACGGCGCACGAAGAGGAGGCGCACCUCACGCCCAUCCUCAGCCGCAACCUGCGCCGCCUCGAUGCGUCGCGCAAGCUGCCGUUUUUUCGAGAGCCGGCGCGCCCACGCCUUACUGCCGGUGGCGUCGUGGGCGGCGACGACGGCAACGACGCCAAGACCGAGACCGAAGCUGCGGCCCGCGACGCCGAGAUCGACACUUGGAGCCUGGACGGCUUCCGGCGGACGCUGGCGCAGAAGCGGCACCGCGCCGAGGUGGAGCGGUGGAACCACGCGGCCUACGUCAACCACCUGCGCUGCCUGCGCCGGCCCAUCUACGGCAAGAGCGUCAUCUCGCUGGUGCGCAAGCUGGGCGAGGGCGGACGUCUGCUGCCGCUCGAGGCCGUCGAGGCGGAUCGCCGCGGCUUCCUGGACCGGUGCGACAACGUGAGCCGGCUGGUGGUGUCGAACGCCGCGCGCGUCGAGUCGUUGCAGCCGACCAUUGACCGGUUCGCCUUUGUGACGCCGCGCGCCGUGGCCGUCGACAUGCCGAGGUACGCGCUGCCCGGCCUGACGCCCGCGCUCGACGCCCGCCUGGCGGAUCCGCGCUUCGACACGCUGCACCCGGUGGCCGUCAAGCUGCACAUUGCCUUUCCGGACGCGUCGCUGCUCCAGUACGACUGCGGCAAGCUGCAGCAGCUCGACGUGCUGAUGCGGCGGCUCAAGGAGGGCGGCCACCGCAUCCUCAUCUUUACGCAGAUGACCAAGGUGCUCGACAUCCUCGAGGCCUUCCUCAACCACCACGGCUACCGCUACCUCCGCCUCGACGGCGCCACAAAGGUCGAGCAGCGCCAGGCGCUCACGGAAAAGUUCAACCGCGACCUGCGCAUCUCGGCCUUUAUCCUCAGCACGCGCUCCGGCGGCCUCGGCAUCAACCUGACGGGCGCCGACACGGUGCUCUUCUACGACCUCGACUGGAACGCCGCCAUCGAGGCGCAGUGCAUGGACCGCGCCCACCGCAUCGGCCAGACACGCGACGUCCACAUCUACCGGUUCGUGUCGGAGCACACGAUUGAGGAAAACAUGCUGCGCAAGGCCAACCAGAAGCGGCAGCUCGACAGCGUCGUCAUCCAGGAGGGCGACUUCACCACCGAGAAGCUCGUCGACCAGCUCGGCGGCACCCGCGGCAGCGGCGGUGCGGGCGCUGGCGCUGGCGGUGGUGGGCGCGAGAGGAUCGGGUGGAGGGACAUGCUCGACGACGACGGCGCCAUCGAGGGCGUCAAGGUGCAGCUGCAGGGCGACGGCAACGGCGCCGGUGGUGCUGGCGGUGGCAGUGGCAUCAUCGACGACGAGAGGGCCCUGGCCGAGGUCGAGGACGAGGAGGACCGCAUCGCCGCCAACCAGGCGCGCGAGGAAAUGGGCAUGGACCAGCUCGACUUUGGCGACGAGGGCAAGCGAAUUUCGGCGAAGGCGGCCGAAACAGGAGCUGCCGCUGCGACCGAUUCGAGGCAGCUGUCCGAGACUCCUGCCGAUGGUGACGAGGCCGACGAUGGCGAGGACGAAGGGGACGACGACGAAGACGAGGGUGGGACGAUCGACGAGUAUAUGCUCAGGUUCGUCGAGGCCGACUGGGACCACUUUGCCUGA